AUGGCGGAAGGAAUCGAUCGCAAUGCGGAAGAGAAGAUGGAGUUCGCCACCUCCAAGGAGGUCACUGUGGCGCCUACUUUCGAGGCCAUGCACCUGAAGGAGAACCUGCUCCGAGGUAUCUACGCAUAUGGCUACGAAUCGCCAUCGGCCGUACAGUCGCGUGCGAUUGUGCAGAUCUGCAAAGGUCGAGACACAAUUGCUCAGGCACAAUCUGGAACGGGAAAAACGGCCACUUUCUCUAUCUCCAUAUUACAGGUUAUCGACACUGCUGUGCGCGAGACGCAGGCCCUUGUUCUGUCACCCACACGCGAACUCGCGACGCAGAUUCAGUCAGUCAUUAUGGGCCUCGGCGACUACAUGAACGUACAGUGCCAUGCGUGCAUUGGUGGCACCAACGUUGGGGAAGACAUCCGCAAGCUGGACUACGGCCAGCACGUCGUCUCUGGAACUCCAGGGCGCGUGGCCGACAUGAUUCGUCGCCGCAACUUGCGAACGCGCAACAUCAAGAUGCUGGUGCUGGACGAGGCUGACGAGCUGCUUAACCGCGGUUUCCGUGAGCAGAUCUACGAUGUGUACCGCUACCUGCCUCCUGCGACGCAAGUGGUAGUCGUAUCCGCCACCCUUCCGUACGAUGUUUUGGAGAUGACGACUAAGUUCAUGACGGAACCCGUGCGCAUCCUCGUCAAGCGUGACGAAUUGACUCUUGAAGGCCUCAAACAAUACUUCAUCGCUAUUGAAAAGGAAGAGUGGAAGUUCGACACACUGUGCGAUCUAUACGACACACUCACCAUCACACAAGCUGUCAUCUUCUGCAACACGCGCCGCAAGGUUGAUUGGCUGACAGACAAGAUGCGAGAGGCCAACUUCACAGUGUCCUCGAUGCAUGGGGAUAUGCCGCAACGCGAACGCGACAGCAUUAUGCAGGACUUCCGCCAAGCUAACUCGCGCGUGCUCAUCUCGACCGACGUUUGGGCGCGCGGGAUCGACGUUCAGCAAGUGUCCCUCGUCAUCAACUAUGACCUCCCAUCCAACCGUGAGAACUACAUUCAUAGGAUUGGCCGAAGCGGCCGCUUUGGACGCAAAGGGGUAGCUAUCAACUUUGUAACGCAGGAAGACGUGCGCAUUUUGCGCGAUAUCGAACUAUACUACUCGACUCAGAUCGACGAAAUGCCUAUGAACGUUGCAGAUCUGCUUUCCUAA